ACUAGUAGUUAAAAAAGGAAACAAAAAAGAGGAAAGCGUAAACUUGCCGGCGAUUGCCCUGACGAUCUUCAUAUUAAAAUAAAAUAAAUCUCCCUCGACCCUUCAACCUUCAAAUACUGAGCGAGCUGUAGCAAAAGAAAUUAUUAGUUUUUGAUAAAAUAGAGGUGGUGGGAUAUGGCGGAGCCACCGUUGAAGGAGAACAAGUUAGCCAAAGGAACUUUUGCUGUGGUUGGAAUCAUGUCUACUCUCGUCAUUUAUGGCAUUUUACAGGAAAAGAUCAUGCGAGUUCCCUACGGGCCGAGUAAAGAAUAUUUUUCAUACUCAUUGUUUCUUGUCUUUUGCAAUCGGAUUACCACCUCUGCUGUCUCUGCUGGAGUUUUACUGGCAAGUAAGAAGGCAUUGGACCCCGUAGCUCCACUCUAUAAAUAUGGUGUUGUUUCUGUUUCUAACAUCCUUACAACUACUUGUCAGUAUGAGGCUCUCAAGUACGUUAGCUUUCCUGUUCAAACCCUGGCAAAAUGUGCAAAAAUGAUACCUGUAAUGAUCUGGGGUGCUAUCAUUAUGCAAAAGAAGUACCAAGGAUAUGACUAUCUUGUGGCGUUCCUAGUAACCCUGGGUUGUUCCUUAUUUAUUCUGUAUCAGGCUGCAGGUGACAUCAGUCCAUUCAACAGAGGAAGGGAAAGCACAGUCUGGGGAGUUUCUUUGAUGAUAGGCUAUCUUGGGUUUGAUGGCUUUACGAGUACAUUCCAGGAUAAACUUUUUAAAGGCUAUGAUAUGGAAAUACACAAUCAAAUAUUCUAUACAACAGCCUGUUCGUGUCUUCUUAGUUUCAUCGGUCUAGUUUUGCAAGGCAAUCUUCUCAUGGCAAUAGAUUUUGUAUCCCGCCAUCAUGAUUGUUUCUUUGAUAUUGCUCUGCUAACAACUGUAGCGACUGCAAGUCAAUUUUUUAUUUCUUACACAAUCCGCACAUUUGGUGCUCUAACAUUUGCAACCAUAAUGACCACAAGACAGUUGGUGAGCAUUUUGCUUUCAUGCUUGUGGUUUGCCCAUCCUUUGAGCUGGGAGCAAUGCAUUGGAGCUGUUAUCGUCUUUGGAUCCCUUUAUGCAAGAAGCUUCUUGAAGACUAAACAGAAGCCAUCAUCAUUGGAGACUAAACAGAAACCGUCAUCAUUGGAGAUGCCUGAAACUAAAGCCCCAGGUCCUUCAUAAGGAAAUCUAUCACAAAAUAACUUGUGACCUUCGGAAUAAGUGAAUUGAAAUAGCUCUCUGCAACUUCAAAGCUGAUCGGAGAAAGAUGUAAUUAAACAAGGCAUGAAUGGGAUUGCUAUUCUUUAAAAUUCCAGAUGGAAGGCUAGCUUGCUGGUUAUUGCAUAACAACGUGCAUAUAAUGGCCAUAUGCAAUCGAGCAAGAUUUUGACGAGCCUUCAUCAACUGUCAAAUUACAGCCUCACUAAGCAAUAGAAGUUCUAUGAUCUUUUGUUCACUUAACCAUGGACUUCCUUUUCUCCAUUUUUUGGAAUUUCAAAAGAAUGUAACAGAUGGUUAGCGGUUCUCUCUUUUUAGGAAUUUGGAACUAUACAAAUAGACAUAAGAAAUGUAUGAGUUGUCUUGUGGCUCUAACCUUUUUCAACUCUAACACAAUAUCAGGUGGUGGGUUUUACUGGGACUUCAUCUACGUAGGCAACGUGUAAAUGUUAUGUUGUGGAACAUGACAUGUUUUGCAUAUCAAAUUGAAGAAUUGUACA